AAAGAAAUUCCUUCGUAAAGUUAAUGGGCAUAACGCAUACCACAUUACCACCUGGUAGGUGACGGAGCUGGGAUCAUUCUCAUAUAAAUUAAAUAUCUGAUAACAGAUAUCAAAUUAAUCUGAUUCUCCAACCAAACCCCAAUAUACCAAGUAACCCUUCACAAUAAUAUAAUAAUAAAAAGAAGGAUCCAAAAUUAGGAUUAUCAAAAAAAAUUUAUUCAACUGAAAUCGAAGCUCUACACUUCCCCUGGUUGACCACAAUCAAUGAAAAUAGAAAGAGGAAGCAUAGAGAUAUCCAUGAGCCAGGGAUACUGCACACAGUGCCACAAUGUUCUUCAGGAAAAUGGCUCCAGCAAAAAAAGGCAAAGCUAAAACCAAAUCAACAGAUUUACAAUCUCCUGCACCUAGUAAUACCAAGUUUCCUGCAUGUAUGCGCUUCAUUCCUCCAUCAUCUGUCGCUGUCACCAUACAUGCCAAGCCUGGUUCAAAAGUUGCCACCAUCACAAAUUUCGACGACGAUGCUUUAGGAGUGCAAAUUGAUGCUCCAGCAAAGGACGGUGAAGCUAACGCUGCACUUCUUGAUUACAUAAGCUCGGUUAUAGGGGUCAAAAAGAGACAAGUUUCAUUGGGUUCUGGCUCAAAAUCAAGGGACAAGGUUCUCAUAGUCGAGGGUGUAUCACUAGAGACCGUAUACAAUGCUUUGGAUACAAGAUUACACAAUUCCUGAUGAAUGCAGGCUGCUUUGGAAUGUAUCUUAGGAUGCUUAUCAACUUCCUGAAUUAUGAUUGUUAUUCCCAGUUCUAAGAUAAAAAAAGCUGGUGCUGGAUAACGUUUGCCGAAUUUAAUUAGGAUAUAUUGCUUGAAAUAUGCACGUGUGUACAUUUUCAUUUA